AAAAAAAAAGAAAGAAAAAAAAAAACAGUUAUCGGGUCUUGAUGAUGGGGGCUCCCCGUUCGUUUAUAUUUUUCCAGUUUUCUCUUUCCUUUCUUCCCUUCCCUUUCUCUCUCUUUCUCUUUCCCUCUCUCUCAAGUUGUUUGCUCUAUCAUCAGACUAUCCUGCUGCCGUCCUGAUGGCAUUCUCGCGAAACAUGUUUGCACGGCCCAGCGUUGUGCUUGUCAGCACGUUUGUUCUUACCCUAGGCUCUGUCCUUGCCUACAAAUACCUUACCAAGGAUGAUUCUCAAAGCACCCGGUCACUGCCCGGCAACAACAACAACAACAACACCAAGAAUGCUCAUUCGGAGAAUAAGGAAUCGGAGAACGAUCCGACCACUGUCACGCCCACCGACGAGACAAACAACGUAACGAAAAGCGAUGCUACUGUGCCGAUCGUGGAAGAAGUAAAGGAGAAAAAAGACGUUGAUGCGGCCGUGCCUGCCACGAAAGCGGCUGACCCAAGCCAACAGGCCUCAGCAACCGCACAACAGGAACAACCCGACAACAAUGACGACAGCAACGACACUCAACCACAGGAACAACCUGGCAACAAACAAGAUUUUGUUGCUACUGUUGUUGUUGCUAAGGAACAGGAAGCAGCACCGAUUGCCGUCGUCGAGGAACAACAACAGGAAGCGAGUGUGACUGAAACCGAACACAAAGUACCUGAAACUACCACGGAGGAAGAAGAAGAAGACGCUGUUGUCCCUUCCUCGCCCACACCUGUUGCAUCCUCUAGCACCACAUCUUCGUCAUCCGCAUCGGCCAAGCAGGAAGAAGAGCGAUCAUACCCAAUCACACCCUCGUCUUCCUCAAACAACAACAAGAACAAUGAAUCAAGCAACAACAACAAGGCGUCGUCGUCCUCAUCGUCCUAUUGGCAACAGCCCCAGAACGAGCCUAUGCCUCAAUACAGCAUGGGCUGGCCUUCGCUGAUCUCUAUUCCCGAAUUCCAAUACAACAAGCCUUUGCCUGUACCCAAUAGUCAGCAGCAAUCCAUGAGCCUUUAUUCGGUCGAAGCGGGUGAUGCUGUCGCUGCGGGUGCUGAUCAACAACAACAACUGGCAACAGCACAACAACAACAACAACAGCAACAAGGAGGCCGGGAACCAACGGCACGCAGUCAGCAGCAGCAGCAGAACAAGAAGGGUGGACGACGAGGUGCUGCAAAGAAAAAGUUGACACGGUUAGAAAUGAUUGAAGAACAGCGUCAGUCAUACACGCCUCCCAUGAAGUCGCGUUGUGACUAUUGGCCCACGUGCAGCAACCGAAACUGCAAAUUCAGACAUCCUGUCAGACCUUGCCGUGCUGGCGAUGAAUGUAGCUUUGGUAGUCGAUGCAUGUUCUUGCAUCCACGGGACUACUACGAGGCAACCAAUCUCUAAAGUAAUCUCGUGAUGUUAUAUAACAAACCCCCCCCCUUUUCUUUUACAAAUACACACCACACGCACAGUCCUUUCUUCUUUCGCUAUUGUAGUUACCAUACUUGCAUGUUCUUUUACACACACACUCCAUACACACUUUUUCUUUUUCUUUUCUUUACCAACACACGACCGUGUGCACACCCACAACCCCCGACCCUUUCAAACAUAAAAAGUUCUUGUAGUAUAUUUUUUUCUCUCUCUCUCUCUCUCUCUUUCUCUUCCACCUCUCUGAGCACCGUCUCGCUCUCUCUUUCGCUCUCUCUCUCUCUGCGCGCGCACAAAGCACAUACAC